AUGAGUGCUAUCGGAGUAGCAAUUCUGGGCGGAGGCAUCUUCGCCCGGGAGGAGCAUAAGCCGGCGGUAGAGGCCGCACCAGACUUGACCUUGAAAGCUGUCUACUCUCGCUCGCUAAACUCUGCUCGGACACUCGAGGUGGACGAGUCUAAGGUUGAUGUUUACUCUGAUGAGAGCGGAGCUGGGAAGUCUCUGGACGAUCUCCUAGCCCGGACGGAUAUCCAAGCGGUUAUCAUCGCCCUCCCCAUCAGGAACCAACCCGAGUACGUGCGCAAAGCAUUGAUGGCGGGAAAGCAUGUGCUCUCUGAGAAGCCGGUGGCCGAAAACGUCCAAGACGCGGUACAACUCAUCAAAUGGUAUCGUUCGGAGAUUGCGCCUCGAAAAGUGACCUGGUCUGUCGCGGAGAAUUUCAGAUAUCUCAACUCCUUCCUUCACGCUGCCGAAGCCGUGAAGACAAAGGGUCGGCAGCUGACUUUCAGAUGCCGCAUGCAAACUUUGGUGGAGGGAGGAAAGUACUUCGAGACUUCGUGGCGCAAGACACCUACGCACCAGGGAGGCUUUCUGCUCGACGGCGGCGUCCAUUUUACAGCAGGCCUUCGACUAAUGCUGGGUAAGGACAACCCAUUGGCCACUGUGUCGGCAUUUUCUGCGCAGCUACAAGAGCAUCUCCCGCCGGUCGACACUGUCGAGGCUACGGGAAGGACAAAGAACGGUGCGGUGGGCACGAUUUCCAUCUCUUUUGGCACGACGGCCAAAGGAAGUGAAUGGACUGUUGGUUGCGAAAAUGGGGCUGUGAGCAUUUCGCGUGAUCAAGUCACGGUUGACGGCAAGACCGAGCGAAUUGAGGAUGAGAAAUCUGGAGUACCACCCGAAGUCAGGAAUUGGGGAAAAGCCCUCGCCGCGGGUACGACCAACGAACAGCAGUCGCCAGAAGAGGCUUUGGCAGACUUGGAGCUGAUCGAGGCGAUGCUUCGUAGCGGUGAGCAGGGCGGCGUACCGAUCAAACUGGAGCACCAGGAGCUGUAG